AUGCUAGUUCCCAGCUCUGAGAUGUCCUGGAAGGAGGAGUGUCUGAAUCCACCCCCAUGUUUCAUCCAGCGCCUGGACCACCUUGUGUUGACUGUGAAGAGCAUUGAGGACACUGUGGCCUUUUAUUCCAAAGUGCUGGGCAUGGAGGUGGUGACUUUCAAGGGGAAUCGCAAAGCUUUACGUUUUGGCAACCAGAAGUUUAACCUACACGAGGCUGGGAAGGAGUUUGAACCCAAGGCUCGGUGCCCGGUCCCCGGCUCUGCAGAUAUCUGCCUUAUCACACAGGUGCCCCUGGACCAGCUGCUGGAUCAUCUGAAGGUCUGUGGGGUGAUCGUUGAAGAAGGUCCUGUGGCCAGAACUGGUGCCGUGGGUCCAAUAACAUCCAUCUACUUUCGAGACCCUGAUGAGAACCUGAUUGAGGUUUCCAGGUACAGCACAGAGGUGACUGCAGUCAAUGGAGGGGAACCCUGACCACAACCCAUGCUCUGUGUCCCAGCAGGAGACAGGAUGCAGAGGCCAGGCUUUUGAUGGCCAGUUUCAGCUUCAAGCUUUUAUUUUGCAAACCUAGGACAAGUCUCAAAUGCCAGCCAUAAAAGUAGGGCUGCAUGAACCUUGGGAGCUUUCCCAAGGCAGCCUGCUCAGCUCUCACCCCUGGGUGUGAAUUUUACUUUUAUAAAUCACCAUCAAUGGAGACUUCAUGAACUUCUUGGAAGAUCCGUCCUGCUGCUGCUGCACUACUCUUGUUGCUACAACGUCUGACACCCCUUUUGCUGCAGUUGAAGCCCCUCAUUUCUA